AUGGGCGCCACGCCGCCAUCAGACCCGGGGCCCGAAGGCGGUCGCCGUGAGCUCGAGGCCGGCCCGCCGCCCCAGGCGGUUCGAGUGAAGCGCGCACAGGUGCCCCGCGCCUGUCCACGAUGCCGCAAGCUGCAGAAGGCCUGCAGCGACUUCCGCCCGUGCCAGCGCUGCGUCCGGGCCGGCCUGGCAAAGCAGUGCGGCUCGGGCCUGGCCCUCGAGCCACAGCUGCCACGGCAGGCCCGCGCACCGGCUGGCUUCAAUGCAGCCGCUGACGGCAGUGGGGGUGGGAAUGGAGGCAUCCCGUCGCCAGGGACAGCGUCGACAUCGGGAGGUGCGGCGGCAGCCCCCUCGCCCCUCUCCGUCUCGCUCACAAACUCUGCCGCGUCGCCCGUCACGCCCCACGCCUACACCAGCUUCGCCAGAGACUCGUUCCACCGCCAGACCGGCCUCUUGUCGCCCCCAGUCAUCCAGCACUGCUCCGACCGCUUCCACGAGCGCCUGUAUCCCACCAUCCCCAUUGCCACCCAGGACUACCUCCGCCGUCUAGCAGCUCGUACCGACGGAACCGAGGCGGGCAACGAGGCGUACUGCGUGCUGCUGGGCAUGAGCGCCAUGGUCCUGCUCCAAGUGGAAGACCCUCUAGGGACCGGCAUCGCUCCCGCUCAUAUCCCCGCCAAGAACAACAGGGCAUAUGGCUCCAUCCUCCUCGAGGAAGCCCUCGCCGCGCAUCGCCACCUCGCCCGCCGCCCCAACCCGUCGUUCGAGCACGUCCUCCUCACCUUUUUCAUCUACGCUUGUCACGGCACGCUCCUGCAUCACAGCCAGGCAUUCUUCUUCCUGCGCGAGGCGACGACGCUGCAUCAUCUCACGCGGCUCGAAACCAUGGACCCGCCCACCAGGCAGCUCGCGGAGCGGUUGUUCUGGGUGCUGCUCAUCUCGGAACGCUCUCAUGGCAUCCGCUAUCGCCGGCCGGUCACUCUGCAGGUCACGAGUGCGGGACCAAUCUUGCCAAUGUAUCCAGCUAGUCAGCAGCCGUUGCACGCGGGUUUCGUCUGUCUCGCAGCUUUGUUUCGCCCCCUUGAUACAUCCUUCAUUGCGCUUCUGAACCAGGAACUCACCAGCAUCCGGCCAUCCAUCGAGUCUUUGGAUGAGGUUGAAGCCGGGGUCGCAUCAGCCCUUGACGAGCGCAGUCUCGCUGUGCUCGAGGCGACACAGAAGGCCAACCUCUUCAUCACUCAAGCCUGGCUGCUCAUCAUCAUCUGGCAGCUGCGCCUGCGCCUCGGUCAGCUUAUCGCGCCCAACGCAACGAUGCAUGACACCGGCACGGCGAACACUCUGGGAGCCAGGCCCAGCAUGAGUCGCACGUACGGCUACCCUCUGCACAUAGCACGCAGCCUGACGCUCUCGGUCCAGGACCUCCCGCUGGACUCGAUCAAGGUCCACGGCGUAGGCAUCACGGAGAAGGUGUUUGAUGUCGCGUGUGCAGUGGCCAAUGUCCUCGCGAGGAUCCCGUUCUUUGAGGACUUUAGUGCCCCGGACCGGGGUCUGAUGAGUGGCUCAGCACGUAUCCACGACGAUGGGAGCAGCAGCAAUCACCACCCCCACCACCACCAUGAGACGGCGCAGAUGACGAGAAAGGCCAUGGCCGAGAACGACUUUACAUAUCUCCGACGUCUUAUGCAGCAGCUCCCUUCCGGAUUGACAGUGUACGAUGACCUUCUCGUCAAGCACAUCAAUCAAGACGCAGACGGCGCUGUCACUUGA